AUGCAGAAGGACAAAGUGAACGCCUACUCUCCCAUUGAAAAAGAACUUUGGCAUGGAACUGGUAAUGAUGCUGCUCAGCUAAUCAGCAACACUGGUUUUAAGCGCGGUGUUGGAAAGCAGAACGGGCGUAUUUACGGGGAUGGGACCUACUUUGCCAAAGAUGCGAGUUAUUCCCUUCGUUAUGGGUCCAAUGGAAUGUUGAUUCUGGCAGAUGUACUGACUGGACGUUCUGAAGAUGUUGGGCUGAAUAACAGGCCUUCCACUCCCCCUGGGAUUGAUUCAUUUCGAGCCCAAAGCGGAGAGAUAUAUGUUAUCUUCGACGAUGCUCAGUCACUUCCAAAAUACCUGGUUACAGUAUAA